GCGGGCGGGGCCAGGCACCGCGUCGGCGGCGAGGCGAAGGGCGGUGAGGCCGAGGGAUUACGUCGGCUUCGGUCGAGGAAGGAAAGCUCCUCACCAAGCACUUGGCUGUAUGGUCUGGACAAAACUGUCCAAAGCAAGCAUUCGUUGUGCUAUUUUCGGUUUUUUUGGCUGCUGCGUGUUGGUUUCUACUGCGCUUGGGGGAUGGGGUGCUGGUCUUCCCUAAGUCGAAUAUGGGUCAUGAAUCCCACAGCAAGUAUUGUCACAGAAGCUUACGUUGCCUGUUCAGGCCUUAGUACUUCAAGAACUUUGUUGUCUCUUGUUUCUACAGAAGGACUACAGAGCGCUGAUGACUGCUGUGUGAAAGAGUGUUGUGUCUUGACUCAAGUUUAGUUGUCAAAAGAAAUUGGUAGCAUUGGCCUAUAAGAGUAUUGCGCUAUUGUGAAUGCGGAUGGCUUGUUUGUAAAGGACUACUUACUCCUAUUAUAUGGCUGAUGUGUUUCCUUUCUAGAUUAUUUUUUCCUGUAUGCUAGAGAUUUGGGAAUUGACUAAUUGAAUUGACCACGUCUGGGAUCUGGAUCUGGAAAUUGACUUGCUCCAAAUAGUUCAGUGCAGAUCACAUUUGAAGAGGGUCCUCAAUUACCACCAGCAGCAAAUAUAAGCUGUGUGACUUGCAAAGGCCAGUCAGGUCACAGCAUGGUGCUGUGUUGUCAUCUGUCAGCUGAAGCUGUGAAGUUCCCUGUCUCUGUCACCCAGCAGUCUGCAGUUGCUGUUUCUGUGGACACAUAUCAUGUCACUUUGGCUCUGCUCCAGGCUGAGGUGGAGAUCCACUUGGAGGAGAUACAGAAUCAGGGUCUCCUGGUGUCAUGGACAUUCAAGGACAGACCAGACUUGGAUCUUUCAGUUCUUCCAAGACUUCAGCCUUGUGAGAAGAACGAAGGGAAAGCGGAUCUGUCCACCAUAAAGGAUCUAAUCGAGGAUACUAUUGUCAGCACGCAGCCAGCCAUGAUGGUGAAUCUGAAGGCUUGCACAGCUGGAACUGGCACAGUAUCCAGCAGUAAGGUGACCCAAGAGUCUCCAUACAGUGUAGUAGAAGCCCCUCUGGGUUCAAAGCUGUUGCUCCGGAAUCUUCGUGUGCUGAACUUAGGCUCACAGAGGAGUGGAGGAGUUGGGGAGAUACGCUGUGUUGCAGAACUAGACAGUCCCCCGCAACAGAAACGGACAAGGCCAGUGAGAGCUGGUAGCACUGGCAUUGCUGCAGAGAUGGAGUGGAAUGAAGAGCUGUUUCUUGAGUUAGGACCCAGAAGUAAGAAGCUGAAGUUACAGGUGCUGGGGAACAGCUGCAAAGGGGAAGAUGUGCUGCUGGCACAUACUACUCUUUUGCUUGAUUCUUUGGGCAAACAACCCUCUGGGAGACAGGUCUGCUCGCUGGCCUCAGGAGCUGGGCAACCACUGGCAGCUGAAGCUACCAUUGUAUUGGAGCUUUUAUACCAGGAUUCUUCUGCAUCUCUGAAUGCUCAGCAUGCCACAUCUCUGCAUACCAGCAUCACCCCCACAAAGAAGGUGGAGAUGGACCGGACCAUCAUGCCCGACGGCACCAUUGUGACUACUGUCACCACAAUUCAGUCCCGACCCAAGGUGGAUUGUAAGCUGGAUUCACCUUCAAGGUCUCCAUCCAAGGUGGAAGUGACAGAAAAGAAGACAACAGUGCUUCUGGAAAGCAGCUGUCCUCACAACUCCUUGUCCAGCAGCAGCCGAGACAGCCAGAUGCCCAAUGGCUUGGAUCCAGUGGCUGAGACGGCAAUCAGGCAGCUAACUGAGACAAAUAACAAGCCUGCCAAGAAGACCCCAACAAAACGUAGCACGCUGAUCAUCUCAGGAGUUUCCAAGGUACCUCUUGCUCAAGAUGAAAUGGCACUUUCUCUGGGUUAUGCUGCAUCCAUGGAGGCCACAGUAUAUGGGGAUACUGGGGCAGUCUGUGCAUCUGACCAGGUGCAUGAUUCCACUGAAUCAUCACAGCUGCUGGAAGCAUCACCAUCAGAACAAAGAGCUGGUCAGGAGCUGGAUGAGACGACGCGAUCUGACAUCUCUGAGAGACCGUCUGUGGAAGAUGUUGAGUCUGAAACUGGCUCCACAGGAGCCCUUGAGACCAGGAGCUUGAAAGAUCACAAAGUUAGCUUUCUUCGGAGUGGUACCAAACUCAUCUUUCGGAGAAAGAGCAAGCAGAAGGAAGCUGGCCUCAGCCAGUCACACGAUGACUUGUCCAACGUCACCGCUGGUUCUGCCACCAAGAAGAAAGCUGGCAGCUUCUCCCACCGCCUCAUCAAACGUUUCUCCUUCAAGUCUAAAUCCAAACCUAAGACUAGUGACAACACAACAACAGAGAAGGAGCUGUUACUGGGUAGCUGUCGAGAUGCUUGACUGCUGGGUGAAUGGUAUUUGCUUCUGGGAUCUUUUGCUGUGUUCCUCCUCUCCCUGCCCCUAGUUCAUGGUGAGUGUAAUGAAAGUAACAAUAUCAGUGGCGGUCAAACUUCUGAAAAAGACCUUCAUGUACUUGUGAUAUUUAGAUUUUUCUACACAGCAUGAUGACUGCUCUGAACCAUCUUUCCUUGCUUGUAGAGGUACUGGACCAAAUAUGUAUGCUAAAUCUGAAUUAGCACCCUUCCUUUUGCGUGCUUUUUUUUCUCCUAGCAUUUUAAUGCCUUUUUUCUAGGUGGUUUAUUUUAACUCCAGGUUGUUUGGAGGGAAAAAAAACAGGAACUCUGUAGUUAUUUAAGAAAUGGAAAUAAAAUGACCUAAUUCAGACAAAAUGAAUGAAGUUAUUGCACCUUUGUAAAUGUUGAAGAAUUCCAUUGCUGUGUAAUGGCUGAACCUGUUAACUUAUUAAAACAUGUGGAAAUGAAAACCUGAUCCUGAGCUUUACUUCAUACAUGCUGAAGUGUUGUGUGUGGGCCGUGAGCUUUCUAGAAGUCCAUAAAGGUACUAGAUUUGUUGCUCUGUUUUGUAAGAUUGCCACCUCUGAAUAACCCUUUUUUGCGAAAAGUAGAUACAGUCUGCAAGCCCUCAGCAAGUGCUGAAGCUUUUGUCUCUCCCUAUCUUAUCUGUCUUAAUCUCUCUGUCCUUCUCUUUCUCUCACUGACUCUUGCUAUAUCCCUCUGCCCAUCUGGUUGUCUCCUUUCUAAAUCUUCUUGCAUCCUGCUCCCUUAUUCUUAAUUUUU